CACCGCCCCGUCAAUGUCGAGUGGACUCGAGAAGUCGCUCUUCCAGCUCAAGUUCACGACAAAGCAGCUCCAGAAGCAGUCCAAGAAGGCCGCAAAGGACGAGGGCACAGAGAAGCUCAAGCUCAAAAAGGCCCUGCAGCAGGGCAACACCGAGGGUGCGCGCAUCUACGCCUCGAACGCGAUCCGCAAGAAGAACGAGAGCCUCAACCUCCUUCGCCUCUCGUCGCGCAUCGACGCCGUCGCGAGCCGCGUCGAGACGGCCGUCACCAUGCGCCAGGUGACGGGCAGCAUGACGGCCGUCGUCAAGAACAUGGACCGCGCCAUGCAGGACAUGAACCUCGAGCGCAUCUCGGCCGUCAUGGACCGCUUCGAGGGCCAGUUCGAGGACCUUGACGUCCAGACCGGCUACCUCGAGGGCACCCUCUCGUCCGACACGGCCAUCGCCGCGCCCUCGGACCAGAUCGACUCGCUCCUGUCGCAGGUCGCCGACGAGGCCGGCCUCGAGAUUCAGCACGAGCUCCAGGGCAAGACGACCGAGCAGGUGCCGCAGCUCGAGACGCCGAGGACGGCCGUCAGCGAGGAGCAGGAGGACGCGCUCGCGCAGCGGUUGAGGGCUCUCAGGCCUGCGACGUCCUGAGUCGCUCUCGUUCCGAGCGCUCUCGAGCCGUACCCUUCCUUGCUGUAGACACCCUCUCUCGCCGCAGUACCUCGUCCUCGUCCUUGUACUUGUACUCACAGCCUGUGCAGUCCUCCUCUC